CAGUUCCCGUCAGGCCUUGCGGCUCCACACGUGUGUUUGGAGAUCAGUGAGCGGCAGUCAGCAGCAUCAUGUCUGUGUUUAUGGAUUUAAACUUGAGCUACACGAACGAUAAGAGCCGCAUGCAGAGUCUGAUAGAGACCGCAGCUCACCUCGGUUACUCCACAGUCGCCAUCAACUACACGUACGAACUGACGAUAAAAAAGUCAAAGGUUCCCGUCCCGACACCGAUCAAGGAUCUGAUGGAGAAGCUGCCCAUCGUACAGGGUCGCUGUCGUCCAAUCAGAGUGCUGAACAGACUGACAGUGGUGAUGUCAGAGCAGUGCCACUUUAAAAAGACCGGUCGAGAGUUCAGUGCGUACGACCUGCUGGCCGUGCAACCCGCCACAGAGAAGCUGUUCCAUGUGGCGUGUUUCACCCUGGAUGUUGACAUCAUCUGUAUCUCAGUGACAGAAAAACGACCUUUCAUCAUCAAGAGAAGUCCGGUCAACGGGGCGGUGGAGCGCGGCAUCAUGUUCGAGGUCUCGUACUCUGCAGCCAUCAGAGACUCCACCAUGAGGCGCUACACCAUCGCCAACGCCGUCUCUCUGGUGGAAACGUGUAAGGGGAAGAAUUUGAUCCUGUCGAGUGCAGCAGAGAAGCCUCUGGAGCUCAGAGGACCGUACGACAUCAGUAACCUAGGUUUGCUGUUCGGUCUUUCUGACGGAGACGCUAAAGAAGCCGUCUCCUCCGCCUGUCGAUCCGUCGUGCUGCACGGAGAGACGAGGAAGACGGCCGGCGGGAUCGUUCACACCAUGAAGUGCUGCAGUGAGACUCCCGACCAGCAGGAGGCGCCACCUGCAGACUGUGAAGCUCCCGCAGCCAAGAGAGCUAAACAGCUGACUGAGUGAUUGACAGCUGAGGAGGGCGGGGCUUCCAGAUUCUGGUUGUUAUUUUUGUUUUUUUACAAACUGUUGAGAUUUAAGUUUUUAUGUUCAGACAUUUAAAAAAAGCAGAAACUGAAUAAACAGUUUAUUUUUUGUCAGA